AUAAAACAUAACGGCUCUUACAAGCCAACAAACUGUAGUGAUUUUCUGCAAAAUUUCAUUUGUUAACUUUAUCCGUUGGCUGCCACAAUGAGCUUCGCCGGCGCGAAUCAAUUAAAUAAUAUCAGUCGUGUGUCACCGGUGAUUUUAUCGGCCCCGUCGUGUGACAUGAACGCAGCGCUGGCGCCGGCAGCGGCAAACACCGCGCAGUGGGAACAGAAUUUCGAGGCGAAAAUAAAAGAUUUAUCGCCCAGCGAGCAGGAGGCCGUACGCCGCUUCUGGAGGUCGGUGGUGAUGCGCAAUGCACCGCGUCUCUUUGGGGAAGAAAGUGGUCGUCUGCCACAAUUGUAUGCCGGCAAUCCGGCUGUGGCGUCUGCCGCGGCCGCGGCGAAUGUGCGCAACUGCAAUUGCUGUCCGUAUGGUUACCACAUCGAUUUGGAUUUUGUGCGCUACUGUGAAUCGCUGGCCAAUGCCAAGCCAUCGGAGGAGGAGUUGCAGCGGCGCAGUCGGCGGCGCUCGCGCAAAUCAAUGGAAUUCAUGCUGGGUCUGGACGCAAUGUUCGAGCAAUGGGAUGCCGCCGCACGGGUGCAGGCCGUGCCAGAGGUGCCAUACGAAAGUGACUCACCCGAUUCACCACGCCUGCUGCCGCCACCCAUACCACCUGCGCCCACGUCCGCUUCACACCCCACGUUCUGCACAUCUACACCGCGUCCGCGCUCUUCCUCAGUGCCGCGCUACAACUACGACAGCAGCAGCAGUGCGCCCCGCGCUGAAUCGCCCUACGGCACAGCGUCGUCAACAUGCUCAUCCGUGCGCGGCGCCGAGAGUGACGCGCCCUACAGCAUACUACGUCAGCGUCACAAGGAGCAUCAAUCACGUCGUGAUGCGCCCGAAACGCGCGCCUUCCUGCGUGAAGCGCUCGACGAGGUGUGCAGCGACUUUGAGCGUACGCUGGAGCGCACGUCGUUGCGGCGCAAGAAGGCGGUUAGCUGUAAUGAGCGGGAUGGCACUUUAAGUGGUGGGGGUGGUGGCGCGUUGAAUGGUCAAUUAUACGGUUAUGGCGUGGCCAGCGAUCGCAACAACAAUCAUCAGCCGACAUAUGCGAUGAAGACGGAUUUGCCGCCGACGAAAUUGGGCAGUGCGAGUUGGCUGCGCGAUAAUUUCACGCGGAAUGGCUACAACUGUAAUGGCAAGCGCAUGUGCUCCGCCUGGGAGCGGCCCGUUGAACAAUCUUUUGAUUCCUGUGUAGCUAGCAAUAAGUCGCCGCGUACGACGCGCUACCUAGCCAAGGCCGCCGCCGCGUUACCCGUGCAUCAGAAGCUUUCACCUGCCGAGCAGCAGUAUGAGUCAUAUGUGCAGGCGACAGUAGCGGCAAAUGCCAAGUCGCCGGUGGAACAGCUGGUGCCGCCACCACCACCGCCGCGCCGGCAUGUACCACAGCCACGUCAGCUGUUGAGUCCAAGCAAUGUUGAAACGGAACUUACAGACACAGAUGAGAUCGAUAGAAAGCCACCGCAGUCAGAUAAUGUAGCACCGCCGAGUGAACCCGUAGCUGUAGCGCCUAUUGUCUUACCCGCUUGCAUGAAUGGCGCCGAUACAAGCGCCGCAGCUGACGCUCAAACACUGUUUAGCAUACGCGAGCAGAUGGCGCUGAGCUUAAAACGAAUGAAAGAUUUGGAAGAGCAAGUCAAAUCUAUACCGGAACUUCAAAAUGAGCUGACGCAGCUGCGUGAUGAGAAGCAACGCUUGCAACAGUCACUACAACGGAAAGAAGAUGAGUUGCUGCGCGCACGCGAACCGCCGCGACCCUCAUCGUCACCAAGUCCGGUCACAAGUGCGAAAAACGGUUCACCCGUGCAGUUUACGCCACAACGCAUUAGCCCAGUCUCUUUGGAAAGUUUGGGCUCCCGACUGCGCGCCAACUCAAGCAGCUCGGAGCGCCAAUUGCGCACACCGACUACACUUAAGCGCGAUGUGGGUACUAUGUGCGGACUGCAUGCAAAACGAGAUGUAGCCGUGGGCAGUCCAGUGCACAUGGUGCGCAGCGUAGGUACGAGCCCUGCACAGCAGUUAAACAGCAUCACUGAAGCGCUUUACUCGCAAUGGGACAUGGAAGAGCAUACUCAAGUAGCAAUCAUGCGUUACGAGGAAGAACGCGCACUGCAGCAACUGAAGAAGAUGACGCACAUCGCCACACAAAUACAAGCGCCGCACAGUGUUGAUAGGGGUGCGCAAACCGCAGCAGAGCCGAAAGUGCUUAAGAGCUCAGUGAGCGUUAUGGCGAGUCCAACAACGCGAGAUGCUUAUGUCAAUUGUCGCCCAGAAAUGCGCUCCACAGCUUGCUCAGAGGACAAUAUACUGGAUCCCUUGUGUGAGAAAUGUAAUAUUGUGAAGCGUAGCAUUGCCUGCAGCACCGAAGACCCUGGUUUUAUUAAAGUAAAAUCCGUUUCAUUGAAACUACUCGAUUCACCUGAGUUUCUACGUAGCAAGACUUUCUCAUUAGGCGAACAUGAUCGACUCGGCCGUAUACUUAAGACCACAGGCACGCAAUACACGCCAGUCUCCGUGAAUAGCGCCGGCUGCCAAACCGCAACCACAUACGUACACGCCGUCGGUGUGCAAUGCAUGCCCGAACAGCGUCAUGCCAGCGUACAAAGUGAGGUGGCGUGCGACACGCGUUGUACCGACACACGUGAUUUAAUACGGCUCUGUACAACGCAAACUAGUACCGAAGCGUACAUACCGCCACCCAUUGUCAUUGAAGAGCCACCUAAAAAGGAAGAAAAACCCGCGCCACCCAAACCAAUAACACGCUCAACUGCCAGCAAUACGGAUAAGCCACGCACCGUAGAUUACGGCAUAAAUACAUUACCCCCCGCGCCUAUACGUCAUACCGCAGCUAACACAGAUUCGGUGAGAAAACGGGAUAUAGGUUGCGGCGAUGUAGUCAAGCCACAUAUUUCCAUUGCCUGCGCGGAUAAUUACUGUGAUUCCUGCAAGGAUGCGAUUAAAAACUUGGCCAAAGACUUCUCAAAAGUGCUGUCGCCUCAAUCGCCACCAUCGCCACGCUUGCGACCACCAGCACCCGUACGUAGCGCAUCCAUGGAUUCGCGCAUACCGCUGCGCAAAAACGUACCACCCAGCCCCAGUCCAGUACGCCGCACUUUUCAGCGGCAGAACACAUACACAAUAACAACAACGCCGGAAAAACAGUCAACAAAGCCAACACAGAGUUCGUUGCACGAGAAACCGCCAUCAGUUGCCCACUUUCUGCCACCGGAGUCCACCAGCGAAACGCAGAGUUUCAUAACCGAGCCCAAAUCUGCAGCACCUAACAUCGGUGUCAAGGUUACGCCCCCUAAAUCCAACACAUCUCUAACUGCCCCUUCCUCAGCCGCAAAUUCGCGUCGAGCAUCCGAUGCCAGUCAAAAGAACGCUGAACCGCUGGACGAUAGUAAAGUAGAUGAGACCACACCUCUACAACCGAGUCUCGAUGGAGUAAUUGUACGCGAGGAGAAACGUGUGAGUGUCAGCUGGUCUCGCGAUGCAUCACCAGCGCCGCUUAAAGAUGGCGCGUCGCCAUAUCGUUCCUUGGAGAGUUCUUUCAAUGAGAAGCUCAGGGAGUCCACAUUGGAAACAGCAGCGGCAGUGUUGGUUGAGGAGAGUGAAGAAAAGGACCAAACUGGAAUAGAAGUUGAUAUGUCAAAGGGCGCACGUCGCAAGACAACAGCACAGAAAUCUAGUCAUAUCCCAAGAAAGCAAGUGGGUAGCGUUGAGAAGACAGUGAAAACGGCGGAUGAGUCGCAGACAGAUAAGACCGAAGUGCAGGAACGUCCACCAUCGAAGGCGUUGCUGCAAAAACUUGCAAUGGUUGAGGCGGAGCCACGACAAAAAUUCGUUCCGCCUACCGAGAUGCUGAAUGCUUUGAAGACCAUCAAUAAUUCGCUGUUGAAGAAAAUCGACGCCAAGUCUCUUGCGGCGGCUAGCUUGAAAUCAGCCAAAUUGGUGAUCCAACAGGAAUGGUUUCGGAUCUCUAGCACCGAGAAGGCGAAUCCACACGAAGUCGAGGACUAUUUAGACUGUUUUGAGGAAAUGUCGGUGUCGCUGUUGGAGUACUGUGUUAAUAUGGUGGACGCUAAUGGCAACACUGCAAUGCAUUAUGCGGUCUCGCAUGGCAAUUUUGACGUCGUAUCUAUACUACUCGAUUCAAAGGUUUGCAAUGUAAAUCAAAUGAAUAACGCUGGAUACACUUGUGUGAUGCUCGUCUCAUUGGCAAAGCUGAAAAACGCUGCGCAUCGCACAGUCGUACAACGACUGUUCCAGAUGGCCGAUGUCAAUAUACGAGCCAAAAAGCACUGCCAGACCGCAUUGAUACUGGCUGUUUCCCAUGGUAACAAAGAGAUGGCGGAGCUGCUGUUGGCCGCCGGCGCAGACAUCAACAUACAAGACGAGGACGGCAGCACAGCGCUGAUGUGUGCCGCCGACAAUGGACGCACGGACCUGGUUAAGCAUUUGCUGUCACAGCCUGAUUGCGAUUCGCUUUUAGUGGAUGUGGAUGGCGCUACGGCUUUCAAAAUAGCCUGGCAGGCUGGACAUCGGGACCUUGGCUUGUUGCUGUACGUGCACGAGCAAAUGCUGCGCAGCAAGCAGCCCAAUCGCGGUGAUGCCACGCGCGUUUCUCUGGAGUUGCCACGCGGUUCGAAGCCCACUUAAUGCGGGUUAAGCAGGCGGCAGAGAAAUUCUCUACCCCGGAGAGGGUGUUUGUGGAGUAAAUUGAUUUAAUUAAAUCGAGAAAGAAAAUUUUUAACUAAAUUAUUUGAAAAACAUUGCAAACGAUGCCAGCCAAAAAAAAUAUUAACGAACAAAUUAGACAGUUUUUUCUUAAAAUUAGUAGUUUUGCUAUUAGAGUGGCAUUAAACAUAUAUUACUUAGCCGGUCACGGCAGCGUGCUGGCGCCAAAUGAAAUUACUUAGUAGUACUUUAAGUUUAGUUUAAAACUCUCGAAGAAUUGUGCGAGUUGUAUUAGAGAUUUUAUAAAAGCUUUUGAAAAGACAGCAGCAUAUCAAACGUUAAUGCCAAUUUUUGACGAGCACUCACUAACAUUCCACUCAAGUUUUUAUAGCGAAAUUUGUAAAAGAAGAAAAUUUUUUAAACUCAAGAAACGAAUCUGCGAAAACGAAAUUCAUGCUAUGCUAAUAUUGGUAGUAAAGAUUAAUAGAAAAUGCUAAUAUUGGCAAAAAAGGAGAAAAAUAAUGGAAAACACACAAAAUUCACAAAAUAAUUUAUAAACAUUUUUUCUUUACUUUAACAAAAGGCACGAAUCUAAAAAUUAAAUAAAUUAAUAACAAUUUUAACAGUUUAUUUAUUUACGUUUACACAGGGUGUUCCAAAACUAAGGCAAGAUUUAAAUUUGCCGUCAUCGCAUCACCGUUUACGAAGUUGAAAUACUAUUCUGAGCAUAUUUCUUAUGAAAUUUUCGAACUUUCAUCAUUUCUGAAAUAUUUUUCAAUACUGAAUGAGUUUUUUAUUGCUUACGAUUCACUACAUCAUGUUACAUAUAUGUAGCAUAAAAUUUUCAGCUUACGCUGUCGGAUGUAACCAAUAGAUAACCAAUAAAUAAACAAUACAUAACCAUUUUAUAACCAAUACUUAACUAUUUUAUAACCAAAAACUCAAAUUUUGUUUCAAUAUGAGUGGUUUCUAUUAUAACGUUUUUUUCGCCCGACAACUGUUAAGUUAUUUUGCAUUUUAGGUUACGAUAUAUAAAUGACGGCAAAUAUAAAUCUUGCGUUAAGUCCGCGACACCCUUUAAUAUACGCUAUUAAAUAAGUUUAAAAUGAUAAAUUUAGUUUCUAUAACUGAUUUCUUAACGUCUAAGUGAGCCGUGUUAGUUUCUUAAAACUUUAAUAAGUUAAAAAUAUUAUGUUCAACAAUAAUUAUAUUCGAUGGAAAAUUACUCAAAACAACUUUUAGGGUAAUUUUCGCCUAAGGUUGGUAGGAAACUGCAAAUACUUACAUAAUAUAAACAUUUUAACUACAAUUUGAUUGUAUAAAAAACUUCGAAAUACACAACACUUUUUAACAGAGCACAUAACAAUCGCUAUUUACAUAUAACGGCACAAGAGUCAAUUUUCCACAGCAAAAAUAGGGUUCAAAUCUAAAAAAAAACACAAAACUAAAAGUAGCAACAACUUUUUCUUAAAAAUUGAGCACGCAUUUGAAUAUACACAAUUAUAUAAACAUAUUUAUAUAUAUAUAUAUACAUAUAUAGCACAUAAGAAAUUAAGUAAUUUAAUAUAAUAUAUACUUACUUGCAGUUUUUAAAAUAAAAAAUAUAAAUAAAUGGACGCAAAUGUUAAUUUGUGUCUGAAAAACGAUGUUUUUAAAAUAAAAAAUCAAAACAAUUUAUUUGGAAAAA